AGAGGCCUCUCUGUAGCGUGCAGCGGGGAAAGAGGCUGGCCGGUUCGGUUCUCUUCUGCCGCAGGCAGGUUUCUCUGACGGGCUCCUGUGCUCUUCACAGGCUGACUUUGCAGACAGAAGGGCAACAGCCGUUAAAAGUCUUAGCCAUGGCAGCCAAACCUGUUCUGGCCUCGAAGCAGACGGAGGAGGUGGUACAGGGUGUCCCGACGGAGGUGGUAUGCACGGCUUUUGCUAACACCCUCCUUGUGGUGGUGACACAGUAUGGGAAGAUGGGCACCCUCGUCUCAGUGGAGCCUGAUGUGGUGGCUGAUGGUAUCAGCAAGCCAUUGUUCACUACGAAAGUCCUCCUCGGCAAGGAUGAACCUCUUGUCCACAUCUGUGCCAAACAUCUGGUGACAUCCGUUUCUCAAGAAGCUGGGAACAAGCCCGUUCUCCUCUCCAUGGCCUUGAAGGACAGAAGCAUCGAGGGAAUCCAGACUUUGCGGGAGGUGAUCCAGAGGUGCCGGGUGUGGUGAGCUCACACUGCCAGCACAGAAGCAAUUCCUCCUGGAUGAGUCAGCUGCCUCAGUGGGAGGUAGACUUUGACCCUUUCGGUUGAAUCCUGGUUUAGAUUUGAGCUGCCUGCCUCUGCUAUGCAGAUCCACUGUGUGAGGGGAGGAGGACAGGAUCCUGGUUUGACCAUUGGGAGUUCAAACACCAGUUUCAAGAUAGAUACGAGAAUUUCAUCUGCCAUCAAGAGCUGUAUUUUUUCUUUUUAAGCAUCAGUCUGAUUUUUUAAAAAAACUUGUCCUUUAAUUUUGCUUUUUGGAAUACACAAUCCAGCUGUCUUUCAGGGGUGUUAGUGAAACUUGCAGCCUCUUUACUCAAGUAAGUCCCAGUGAAUUGAGUGGGCCGUACUGUUUAGGUUGUAUGCUUAGGAGUCCUGAACUUUGGCUGCGUCAGGCCCAUAGAAUUUCAGAAGGCAUGUGUGUGUUUCCUGGUUUUUUUUUUUCUCAUUUCUGUUGUGGAUGGAAAGUAGUUUUCAGAAAACCAUACUAUGGUUGAGAUUGAGAAACGGAACACUUCCAAUGUGCUUUUUGUGUCUUUCUCCACUCCCUCCCUUUCCAGAAACAGCCUCCCUUGAAACUGCAUAAUCCUGAGGCAAUUUUAGGAGACUUUCCACCAGGAGCGCGAAGAGCUGUGGUUUUGAAUAUAAACAGGGAUUGCCCUCAUUUGUGACUCGGCCCAUUCGGCAUGCCCCGAGAGAUCUUGGGAUCCUAGCCCAAGAGGAAAAGAAAGCAAGGUUCAAGCCUGUAGGCUGGAAAACAGUGUUUGACACACUAUAGGGAAAACACUGAUAUCGGCAAAUACCUUUUUGCCUACUGAAUGAACUUGGAGAUCUGUCUCAGCAGCACAGUUAAAGGAAGCAUUUCAGGUUGCAGUGGAAAAGAUCUGAAUGGUCUUUGAAACAAGAUAUGAAAAACAUUUUCUUGAAAUGUUCUAGGCUGACAUCUGUACACCUCUGGCACUGUGUUAGCCUCUGUGAGAUACAGGGAUAUUAUCAAAUAAAAAAUAAAGUUAUC